CUGGGGGAGUGUGUAAGUGAUGCACCUAACAUACAAAAAGCGCUCGACACUGCCAUGAAAGUUGCAUAGUUUGCUGUCGUUUGUGUAAUUUCAUCUGAAACCUUUAUAGCGUUAAACGUUAUUUUCUAUUUUUCUGUCCUUUUACCUCUAAUUUUUUGUUGUCGGACUCAUCUUUUUUGCCAGGGUUUUUGGCGGAGUAGGUAGACAUGGCUGACCAAGAAAUUGGGCCCGUUGGGUUGGGCAAGAGGGCUGCAGCAGGUGCUGCAGUUUUCAAAGUGCGCGAGGCUGCAAUGGCUAUUCUUCAAACAGAAUCUACUGGUAACCUGAAAGUACAAAAACGGAGUGUCCCGUUGACUCCUUUCAUCGUACCAGAACCUUCCCUAAAACCAUACAAGCGGCCCCCCACUCUGCUAUUGCCACCUUCGCACCAUGCCAUCCCAGUUGGAGGAUUUACCUGUGAGGUGUGCGGCCAGAACUUCUUCUCUUUUCCUCAGAUGGUGAGACACAAACAGUUCCACGACGAAGAAAGGCCCUUUCCCUGUGGUGUGUGUGGGAAACGUUUCCUGAGCCGCAGCCACUACACUGAGCACCAGCGGGUUCACACUGGGGAGCGCCCCUUUCCUUGCGACCAGUGUGAGCGCUCGUUCACCACACACCACAACCUAAAGCGUCACCACACCAUCCAUGCCAAAGAGGAGGCGUACCGCUGCCGAAAGUGUGGUGUACUCUUCUGCCAGCGUCACGAGUACCCCAAUGGCAUACCUCAACCUGACCUCGAGCCUCGACCUGGUUUCGAAUCCAUGCCCACGAUGCAACCCACUCCUCCCAUUCAGGUCACACUCACACCCAAGCAGAUUAGGAAGCUUAACAAGAAGAGCCAUAAUCUCUCAACCAAACAUGAUCAUUCUAAGAAGAAGAAGAAGAAAAAGAGGAGAGUCAAGCAUCCAGGCACAGCAGAGAAAGUACAUUCUGUGCCUCAAGAGGAACUUUGGCCUGUGUUGUUAACUAGAGGAGAAAAAUUGCAAAAGGUUGCGUAUGACAUCGAGGUUAUUCUUUGAUUCUGCAUGAUGAAACAAAUGGGAUAAUCAGUUAGAUCAUGAUUUUUUUUUUUAAUUAAGAUUAACAUUGUUCUGUUUCUUCUCCACCCAUGUGGAUGCACUGUUUCACAAAAGGACUUAUACCUCAACACUUGUUUUGCAUCACAUCAUGAUUUUGAUAUUUAUUCCUUCAUUGAGUUUGAGAAAAUAAGAACUUUCUCUCCACCAGUGAUAAUGAUUAGAAAAUAUUUAGUCAAGCAUUUAAAAUGGUUAACAGUCCUCUGAAAUGUUAUGGUUUUGACUUUGAGAUCGUGACAUGUUUUUGUUGGUGUUACUUUAGUGUAUGUAUAUUUUUUGGAUUAUGAUUCAUUCAUUCAAUUAUACUUGAUCCAUUGUGAAGAAAGGGCUAAUUAGACUGUCUAUACAUUAUUAAAUGACUUGCUGUUAAACUAUCUUACUCUUGUUACACAUUCAAAACUAAUUUCUAUAACAAAUCAUGUUCAUUCACUUUUUAGAUUACGAUCAUAGAGGCCUGUAGUGUUUCUUGCUGGUUCUCAACCAUUAAAUUGUCCAGAAAUUGCCCUCGCCAAUGUAUGUACAUGUAAAUAAUCUUGAGUUUUUUGUUGAUUAUGAAUUAGGAAUAUCUAUAGUCUGUGUUAGGUGAAUAAUUCUGUUGAAUUGGAGUAACAAAGUUCCAGAGUUUGUCAAACUGCUAUGAAAUUAUAUAUUGUCUCUGAUUUGAGUUCUGCAUAACUACCUCAGGCUGUAGAUUGCAAAUGUGUAUUUUUUUUAACACUUUUUACUAUAUAUAUAAAUGAAUGAUGUGGAUCGCGCUACUUCAGCCACACCCUUUGCUGACAAGCGUGUAAAAUCGAGCACACAGCCAUGCAAUCUCUAUAGACAAACAUUGGCAGUAGAAUGGCCUUACUGAAGAGCUUUCAACAUAGCACCAUCAUAGGAUGCAACCUUUCCAACAAGUCAGUUUAUCAAAUUUCUGCCCAGCUGGAGUUUCCCAGUCAACUGUAACUGCUGUUAUUGUGAAAUGAAAAUGUCUAGGAGUGACAACUGCUCCUAGACAUUUUCUAUCACACAACUCACAAAACGGGACCGCCGCAUGCUGAAGAGCAUAAAAUCGUUGGUCCUCGGGUUACGAAACUUACUACCAAGUUCCAAACUACUUCUGGAAGCAACGUCAGCAUGAGAACUGUUAAUCGGGAGCUUCAUGAAAUUGGUUUACAUGGCUGAGCAACCGUACACAAGCAUAAGAUCACCAUGCGCAAUGCAAAGCGUCGGCUGGAGUGGUGUUAAGCUUGCCGCCAUUGGACUCUGGAGCAGGGGAAACGCGUUCUCUGGAGUGAUGAAUUGCGCUUCACCAUCUGCGUUCAGACGGACAAAUCUGGAUUUGGUGGAUACCAGGAGAACGCUACCUGCCCCAAUGCAUAGUGUCAACUGUAAAGUUUGGUGGAUGAGGAAUAAUGGUCUGGGACUGUUCAUGGUUCAGGCUAAGCCCUUUAGUUCUAGUGAGGGGAAAUCUUAACGCUACAGCACACAAUUAUAUUCUAGAUGAUUCUAUGCUUCCAACUUUGUGGCAAUAGCUUGGGGUUGGCCCUUUCCUGUUUCAGCAUGUCAAUGCCCCCGUGUACAAAGCGAGGUCCACACAGAAAUGGUUUGUCUAUUGGUGAGCCCUGACCUCAACCCCAUCGAACACCUUUGGGAUUAAUUGGAAUGCUGAUUGCGAGCCAGGCCUAAUCGCCCAACAUUAGUGCCCAACCUCACUAAUGCUCUUGUGGCUGAAUGUAAGCAAGUCCCUGCAGCAAUGUUCCAACCUCUAGUGGAAAGCCUUCCCAGAAGAGUGGAGGCUGUUAUAGUAGCAAAGGGGGAUCAACUCCAUAUUAAUGCCCAUGAUUUUGGAAUGGGAUGUUUGACGAGCAGGUGUCCACAUACUUUUGGUCAUGUAGUGUUUUUUUUUUUUAUAUCAUGUCACAAGACUCCUCUUAAAGUGAAUGUAGGCAUGCAUAGAAAUAUUGGCUCAGCUAACAUAAAAUACUGGUGUGAUAAAUACUGUAAAGUACUUUGUAUCCGUCUCUGUAUUACAGCAGACAUGUCUAUCACUUAUCUUCAGUAUUAAAAAAAGGUUAAAGAGGCAC